GCAGUUUUGUUUUUGAGUACUGAUAAUGAGAUAAUACUUGUACAUAGCAGCUUUUUAGUGUGUAUAUUGUUGUUGUAAUUUAUUGCAUCAUCUUAUCGAUCCAGCGGUAGUUGAGGUUAGUUCUAGCAUGUGGUGAACAUAUGUCAACGUGUCCAUCAAAAUCCCUCAUUUUUGAAUAAAACCCAUCAUUUAAAAUGGUGACAAUCGAGCGUAAAGGGACCUUCAAAGUCGAAUACCUCCAAAAAAUCGAGCACGAAGUGCAAGAAAAAUGGAAGCGCGACAAGCUUCACGAAGUGGAUGCCCCCCAAAAAUCCUCGGAAGACAAAUUCAUGUGCACUUUUCCCUAUCCCUACAUGAAUGGAAGGCUGCACCUGGGGCACACUUUUUCGCUGUCAAAAGCGGAGUUUGCGGUUCGUUAUCACCGUCUUAAGGGCAGGAAAGCCCUUUUUCCGUUCGGUUUUCACGUCACCGGCAUGCCUAUUAAAGCCUGCGCUGAUAAACUCAAGCGCGAAAUGGAGAGCUUCGGUUACCCCCCUAAGUUUCCAGAAGAUGAAGAAGUGCAAGUUGUGGAAGCUGAUGACGUCGUCCCUAAGGAUAAAAGUAAAGGCAAAAAGAGCAAAGCCGUCGCUAAAACGGCGUCAGCGAAAUACCAGUGGCAAAUUAUGUACAGUCUGGGGUUAAAAGACGACGAAAUUAAGAAGUUCGCCGACGCCGAUUUCUGGCUGGAUUACUUUACCCCUCUGGCCGUCCAGGACCUCGACCGCUUGGGCGUGCACGUGGACUGGCGCCGCACUUUCAUCACCACCGACGUCAACCCCUUCUACGACUCCUUCGUCCGUUGGCAGUUCAUUCGUUUGAAAGAGCGCAAUAAAAUCAAGUUUGGGAAGCGCUACACGAUUUAUUCGCCGCGCGACGGUCAGCCGUGCAUGGACCACGACAGGUCUACCGGGGAGGGGGUGGGGCCUCAAGAGUACACUUUAAUUAAAAUGAAGUUGCUCCAACCUUAUCCCGCGAAAUUAAGUAAAGUCGGGGAUAAAGGGGUUUAUUUGGUGGCGGCGACGCUGCGCCCGGAGACCAUGUACGGCCAGACGAAUUGCUGGGUCAGGCCGGAUAUGAAGUACAUCGCGUUCCCGACGAAGGAGGGAGAGGUCUUCGUGUGCACGACGAGAGCCGCGAAGAAUAUGAGCUACCAGGGCUUUACGGAGGCGGACGGGAAGUUCGAGGUCGUCGCCGAGUUAACCGGGCAGGAUAUGCUUGGUUGUGCGCUUAAAGCACCUAUGACGUCGUACGAAAGAAUCUACGCGCUGCCGAUGUUGACCAUCAAGGAAGACAAAGGCACGGGUGUGGUUACUAGCGUCCCGUCGGACUCCCCUGAUGAUUACGCCGCUCUAGUCGACCUCAAGAAGAAGCAAGCGUUCCGCGAGAAGUACAACAUCUCUGAUGAGAUGGUACUACCUUAUGAACCCGUGCCGAUAUUGGAGAUCCCCGAAUUCGGGAAUCUUGCGGCCGUCGCCGUCUACGAGAAGCUAAAAAUCCAGAGCCAGAACGACCGCGAGAAACUCCUAGAGGCGAAGGAGAUGGUCUACCUCAAGGGGUUCUACGACGGAGUGAUGAUCGUCGGGGAGUUCAAAGGGAAGAAAAUCCAGGACAUCAAAAAAGCGCUCCAGAAGAAGCUCACGGAUGCGAAGGAAGCGGUGAUUUAUUACGAGCCCGAGAAAACGAUUAUUUCGAGGUCGGGGGAUGAGUGCGUGGUCGCUCUGUGCGACCAGUGGUUCUUGGAUUAUGGAGAAGAUUCGUGGAAGAAGAUGGCUCAUAAAGUACUGGAGCAGAUGAACACGUACCACGAAGAGGUGAGGCGGAAUUUCCAGGGGUGUCUGGAUUGGCUGCACGAACACGCGUGUUCUCGGACCUACGGACUAGGGUCCAAGCUCCCGUGGGACGAACAAUGGCUGAUUGAGUCCCUUUCGGACUCCACCAUCUACAACGCGUACUACACGGUGGCCCACCUCCUCCAAGGUAACACGUUUCGUGCCAACAAACCCAACGCGCUUUCGAUCAAACCCGAGCAGAUGACGCCCGAAGUGUGGGACUAUGUUUUCUUCAAGGACGCCCCGUUCCCGGCGAAGUGCGGCAUCAAGAAGGAAUCUCUGGACUUGAUGAAGCGCGAGUUCGAGUUUUGGUACCCCGUGGACGUGAGGGUUUCCGGGAAGGAUCUAGUCCAGAACCACCUGACGUACUUUAUUUAUAAUCAUUGCGCCAUCUGGCCGGGUGAGGAAAACAAGUGGCCUAGGAGCGUCCGCGCCAACGGUCACCUUCUGCUCAAUUCCGCGAAAAUGUCCAAGUCUGACGGGAAUUUCUUGACUUUGAGCGAGGCCGUGGAUAAGUUCAGUGCGGACGGGACGAGGCUGUGUCUCGCCGACGCCGGCGACUCGGUAGAGGAUGCUAAUUUCGUUGAGAGCAUGGCCGACGCCGGGAUCCUCAGACUGUAUACUUUCAUCGAGUGGGUGAAGGAGGUCUUGGAGAAUAAACAAGCGCUGAGAACCGGCGCCGCGUCCACCUUCAACGACGAGGUUUUCCAGAGCGAAAUCAACCUGAAGAUCCAAGAAACCGACGACUUUUACAACAAGAUGCUGUUCAAGGAGGCUCUGCGGACGGGCUUCUUCGAGCUGCAGUCCGUCAGAGACAAAUACCGCGAGCUGUGUCUAGACGGAAUGCACGCCGACCUCGUUGUCCGCUUCAUCGAAGUCCAGGCGAUUCUCCUAGCCCCGAUUUGCCCCCACGUAGCCGAAAAGGUCUGGGAACUCCUAGGCAAAAAAAGCAGCAUCUUCAAAGCGAAAUGGCCCCAAGUCGGACAAAUCGACGAGAUCAAGAUUAAAUCGUCGGAAUAUCUCAUGGAGACGGCUCAUUCGUUCAGGAUAUAUUUGAAGACGUACCUGCAGGGGAUCAAGACGAAAGCGAAUCCCAAUCCGCCGCCUGUCCCCAAACCGGACGUUUUGUAUAUUUGGGUCGCCAAGACGUUCCCGCCGUGGCAGAGCUGCGUGUUGACGACGUUGAAAACCCACUUCGAGAAAAAUAACCAAUUUCCGGACAAUAAACUCCUGGCCACGGAGUUCGCCGCAAAGCCCGAGUUGAAGAAGUACAUGAAGCGUGUAAUGCCUUUCGUUCAGACGACCCGCGAGAAAGUCGACCAGAUGGGUCCCAAAGCGCUGGCGUUGACGCUGGAGUUCGACGAAGCCGAAGUUCUGCGUCACAAUAGCGUCUAUUUGGCGAACACGCUGAACGUGGACGAAGUGGUGGUGCGAUUCACGGACGACGAAACGGCCGAGGAAAAAAUGAAGGAGUGCUGUCCGGGGGCGCCCUUCGUGCAGUUCGCCAGCAAGCCGGGAGUGCGAGUGGAGUUUUCGAAUCCGGUGCCGAACUCGGGGCUGUUCGCGCAGUCGGUGCUGGUGAGCGACGGGGACAGCUAUGCCCGGGUGGUGCAGAAGCUGGCCAGGGAUGUCAAGUUGAUAAAAGGUCCCCAGUCGGUUCAGCUGUGGCGGUUCGAGGAUCCUGUCCUAGGAGAUAGGAAACUUCCAGCUUUCCAGCAGCCAACGAAGGAUAAAGUAUUGAUAGAACCUGACAGUAUUUUCAAGGUGGAUGUGCAAGACAAGAAAGUUUCGAUCGUGUCGGGGUCCAAAGUUUUCGAUAUCGGACGGUCGGUUAGUUAUUUAUUGAAUUAGGUCUGACCAGUUUUUUAAUUUAUUUUCAAUGAAUAAAGUUUUGCCUGAA